CGCCGAGCUGGGCGGGUGGGGCGGGUGGCCGUUAGGUGAGGCGUGCGAUGAGGCCUCAGGCGUCUCUGCUGCCAACGGUGAGCGAGCUGUCGGCGCGCGGGCGGCCUGGCGCGGCGUUCCGACUAUAGCUGUGUCAGUGUGUUAUGAUGCCAUCCCGUACCAACCUGGCUACUGGAAUCCCCAGUAGUAAAGUGAAAUACUCCAGGCUCUCCAGCACAGACGAUGGCUACAUUGACCUUCAGUUUAAGAAGAGCCCUCCUAAGAUCCCAUAUAAGGCCAUUGCGCUUGCUACAGUGCUGUUUCUGAUUGGCGCCUUUCUCAUAAUCAUAGGCUCCCUUCUGCUGGCUGGCUAUAUCAGCAAAGGGGGGGCAGACCGGGCUGUUCCCGUCCUGAUCAUUGGCAUCCUGGUGUUCCUGCCAGGAUUUUACCACCUUCGCAUCGCCUACUAUGCAUCCAAAGGCUACCGGGGUUACUCCUACGAUGACAUUCCAGAUUUUGAUGACUAGCACCAAUCCUCAACCCUGAGGAGAAGAGUCACAGAUGGGACUGAGACCAGCUUUAAGAUAUUGAGCAGAAACUGGCUAAGGGCUAAGGAGUUCUGCAGUUUGCAGAUGUUAAACAAAAGAAUGGCCAUCCUCAAGAUGUCAACUGAGCUUACAAUUACAAAUUAACUAAUUAGGACAUGCUCUAUUUUUCAUCUCCUGGCUCUGGCAAAAGCUGACAAGUUUUUCCACACUAGUAUGUAUCUUGGAAGAGUAGCGGUGUUAAUGGUGUGGGAAAGCAGGAGGUUAUCCUGUAGUGGAGAGUGUUACUGCUGCCACCCUUUUUGGAGUUCAGCAUUUCUUUUAAAUAGUCCUUAUUGUCAGUUCUGGUAGCAAAUGGAAAAAUGUAAUAUGUCAGAUUUCGUAUUACUAGUAAUUUAUCUUGAAAACAUCUAAGUAUCUUACCCCUAUACUCAUCUCUCACUUUGUGUGCUAAUGGAAGACCUUGGCAAAUCAAAUGUCAGUGUGGGUGCAUCUGUAAUAUUUUUUACUUGCUUUCUUAUUAACAGCAGCCAGGACUUUUUUAAAAUCUCAGAGCAAGUUUGCAGAAGGUAAACGCCUUCUCUGUUCACCAAUCCUUGGUCGGCUUUGAUUUGGUCCACCAGUAAGUUGGCCAACAUAAUUUGGGUUAUUCUGUUCUUUAUAGAUCAAGAUGUUCUGUAUAUCGUGCCUUUAAGGACUGGACUUUGGCUGUUUCCUAAGGAAAAAAUGUAAAUAAGUGAUUGUUAUUUAGAGAUUAUAAACCUGUUGUUAGCACCUUGCAUUAUGAUGUCAUUCUGCUGAAGACUGCAAGACUCAACCUGGAUCCCUAGAUGGACUAGACUGCCUUAGUUUGAUUCUGUUUCCUAGCUUGCACAAAGUGACAUACUCAAAAGAAAUUAAAAUGCCAAAAUCUAAACCUA